AUGCGUCUGCUUUCGUCACCUUCAUCCUCUAAUGGAUCUUCUGAAUCUGGUGCUUCUGAAGUCGACAGUAAUGUACAAAUUCGUUCAGGACGAAUCAGAAAAUUAUCACGUAAGCAGCGUCAACAAUAUGAGAUUUUGAAUGUCUUGCGUAAAAUGGUACCUAAUGCUAAUUCCGCUACUACGCUACUUGAAUUCAUGCAAUAUACUAUUGACUACAUUGCACAUUUACAGCAACUCUUAUCAGAUAGCGAUGAAAACAUGACUGUGAGAUCAGCAAGCGGAUCAUACAAGCAACAGAAUUCGAAAACAAUUGCCAACUUAUCUAUGUUGUUCACGAAGAUGGGCACUGCAAACCGUACGUCUACGCCUGUGAAUGCCAUCGAAUAA